AUGUUGACCUUCUCGCAGCAGAGUCACAGAGAGCAGGAACGGUCGUGGUCUGGCUCCAAUGGGCGAUCCAAGAGCGCUGCAAACAUUGGAGCUGCCACUGGGCUCUGUCCGCGGGACGUGGCCGGGCUCGUGUGUGACGGCAGCGCGCGAGCCGUCCGCUCCCGCCUGCCCACCGGCAGGGUCGGCCCUUCUGCCGAGCGGCUCUUCUGCGCCUUCCCCCUCCGAGCAUCUGAUGCAGUCCUUUCCCCGGCCAGAAAGAUGGAGAGGACGGCUCCUGUGACCUCUGUGGUGGCUGCUGCAUUGGAGACCUGCCCGUGUUGUGAGGAGCUGUGUCCGAGGUCUCCCACGGGCUGGAGGUCGUUACUGGUGCGGCAAGUGCUGCUAGCCAUCAAGGUGAGCUGCGUGGGCUCCUGCGGGGUGUCCAGCAAGAUCAAUGACACCGCGUGGACCGUGGAGGAGCAGUACUUCAACAGCACGCUGUCCCUGGCAGACAAAGGGGUCCUGGCAGCCGGAGAGCACACCUUUCCCUUCCAGUUCCUGCUGCCAGCCUCAGCUCCAACGUCCUUUGAAGGUCCUUUUGGCAAGGUCCUCCAUCAGGUGAAAGCUGUGAUAGACACACCUCGCUUCUCCAAGGACUACAAGUGCAGCAAGAUCUUCUACGUUCUCUGCCCACUUAACUUGAAUGACAUCCCUGAUAUCGAGCAGCCCAACACUAUGUCAAUCACAAAGAAAUUCAACUACAAGCUUGUGAAAAGUGGCAACAUUGUCGUGACUGCCACCUCGGAUCUCAAAGGCUACGUCGUGGGGCAAGUGAUUCAUCUUCGCACGGACAUAGAGAACAAAUCUGGCCGCGACACGGGGGCUGUGGUGGCCAGUCUGCUGCAGAAAGUGGCUUAUAAAUCCAAGCGCUGGAUUUACGACUUGAGGACCAUUGCAGAGGUGGAAGGCUCGGGGGUGAAAGCCUGGAAACACGCCGAAUGGAGGGAGCAGAUCCUCGUUCCGGCGCUGCCCCAGUCCAUUCUGCAGGGCUGUAGUCUCAUACAUAUUGACUACUACAUCCAAGUUUCCCUGAAGUCGCCAGAGGUCUCAGUCACUCUCCCCAUCUACAUUGGUAACAUUGCUGUGAACAGGGUGCCGCUCAGCCCCUCGCGGUCGGCCCCGCACAUCCCGUCUGCCGUGGUGCCCAGCGCCCCGCCAGAGGAGGACGAGGCUGCCGCCGGGUACCACCCCAUGGACAAUGUUUUGAUCCCCACCAAAAGCCAUUCCCAGCAGCAGCCGUUUAGCUAUGCUCCAGGACUGAGCUUCCACGAAGCAAGGCUGGACUCGGAGCAGACAGGCUCCCCAAAUCAUCCCACGCUCUGCCUGUCAACAGGAGCCACCGUCCCCUAUUAUGCUGAGGGGAACGUGGUGCCUGUUUCCACGGCCAGCUCGCUCAUCUUGCCUCCGGAGUACAGCACGUGGGGCUACCCAUACGAGGCGCCUCCAUCCUAUGAACAGAGCUGCAGCAGUGCCAACUCCAGCAUCAGCAACGGCACCUAGCAGCCCUGCCUCGCGCCCGGGUGCGCUGCCCGCGCCGGCGCCGGCCGGCUGCGCACUCUGCUACAGCACAAGGCGUCUUUUCUAUCUCUGUGGCUGCUCGGCAGGGGAAAUGGUGCAGCCCAACUUGGGCUUUUAAGUCUCUUUCUUGGGAGGGGGGGAAAAAUAAAAAUAAUAAAAAAAAACCCACAACCAAAAAGGGCCGGCGGAGCGGCCUGCGUGUGCGCGUAGCAGAGGUGUGGGAAGCGCCUCCUCCUCGCGCUGCGCAGAGCGCUGCCCACGCAGCUCUGCCCCGGGCUGCCCCGUGCGGCGGCCCGCGCUUCAAGUACUGUAGUCAACACUAACUGCUUUACUAGCAAAGCACCUGCGAUGCCUUACUGAAGUGCUCCUGACUUGCGUGUCUGGGUGGCAGGCGGAGGCUGGGCUCUGCGGGCUUUCUCUUCUCUUCGUGGGCCGCGCACUCACCAGAGAUGUUUCUGAUGGCCCCUCCG